AUUCGCACUUUGCAGACGUUCCCUAAGCCCCUCCCCCACGCGCCAAGCUCCUGUUUCACUCAAAGAUGGCGUCCGCUCUGGAGCCACUGCUCUCUGGCUGUGUUUCUGGGCUUGUUGUUGUCUGUGUUUCGAGCGAGUUCCUGCGCCUUCUCUGCGUCCACUCGAGACAAAACCCCGGUUUCUGAAGAAUACAGCUCUGUAGGAUGAUGCUCAGCCCGCGCUGCUUUCUGGAGUAAGGGAUUUAUACUGGACUACUCGUUCCAACUGCACUAGGAGGUUCAAGCCAGACAGUAUUUACACACAUCCAUUUCCUUAUUCUCUACGAAGAUGCUCCAUCUAAACGGAUAACACUGACGGUCGGGAUCGAGGAUUGUACCAGACUAAACUCUACUUUCUCUCGGCUCUUUGCUUUGGUGUGGCAGCCCUUCAUAAGGAAGGGUCACUGGGGUCAACGGAUCUGUUUUAGGUUGGGGGGGGGGUUUUGGGAGCCUAUGCUAUGGUGAUCGUCUCGCUCUCUAACAGCUCCUGCUCAGGCACAGAGAGAGUCACAACACCUCCUCGGGACAAAGGAUAGAUGAGGCCACUGUGUGCUUCCUAACGGUUGUGAGCGUGUGUUGGGCCGUGGCCUAGCAGUAUUACAGCAGACAUGGUGAAGCUGGCCAACCCGUUGUACACCACCUGGAUCUUGGAAGCCAUUAAGAAGGUAAAAAAGCAAAAGCAGCGGCCGUCCGAAGAGCGCAUUUGCAAUGCUGUGUCGAUGUCCCACGGGCUUGACCGCAAGACGGUCCUGGAGCACCUUGAGCUCAGUGUUAAAGAUGGCUCUGUGCUCAAGGUGUGCAAUAAGGGGCUCAACUCCUACAAGGACCCUGAUAACCCUGGACGCUUGGGGUUUACCAAACCUCGGGCGGCGGGGAGCUCCAGCGCCUCCAGCUCUAGUAAGAAACCAGGUCUGGACUGGAACAAGCUCAUCAAGCGCUCUCUAGAAGGGCUUCACGAACCCGGCGGAUCCUCGCUGAAGAGCAUCGAACGCUUUCUGAAGUGCCAGGCGGAUGUUGCGGGUUAUCUGUCUGGAAGCGGCUCUAUGGGGCCGGGCCUUUUCCACCAGCAGCUCCGGGUGUCUCUGAAGCGGGCCGUUUCUCACGGACGGGUGGUAAAACAAGGGCCGCUCUUCCGCUUGGUGAGCAGGAGUUCUCAUAACGACGGGACGGGGUGCGUGUCUCUGGAUUCUCUGCCUCCGGUGCGUCUCCUGCCUCACGAACAAGAUCGGCCCGUGGCAGAGCCCAUACCCAUCUGUAGUUUCUGUUUGGGGACCAAUGAACAGAACCGUGACAAGAAACCUGAAGAGCUCAUCUCCUGUGCAGACUGCGGGAACAGCGGGCAUCCUUCCUGUCUGAAGUUCUCUCCAGAGCUCACCGCGCGGGUCAAGGCUCUCUGGUGGCAGUGCAUCGAGUGCAAAACCUGCAGCAGCUGCCAGGACCAAGGGAAAAACGCAGACAACAUGUUGUUCUGUGACUCCUGUGACCGAGGUUUCCACAUGGAGUGCUGUGACCCUCCACUGAUGCGAAUGCCAAAAGGUAUGUGGAUCUGUCAGAUCUGUCGGCCGAGAAAAAAGGGAAGAAAGCUCUUACAUGAAAAAGCAGCACAAAUCAAGCGGAGAUAUAAUGCACCACUCGGGCGACCGAAGGGCAGACGGGGCCGUCCCUUUAAGAAGCUUCGAGGAGGUGGGCGUGGCAGAAGAAGGCGGGGCACUGGAGGCGUCGACCAAUGCUCACAAGGCUCCUCCUCCCCACACUCGUCCUCCAGCUCCUCAUGUGAAGGCUAUCCCGGCGACGAUCGCAUGCUGUUCUCUCUCAGAGAAGACGACUCUGAGCACGGUGGCCUGCGUUUUAAUAAGAAAACAAAGGGUUUGAUCGACGCCCUCAGCAAGUUCUUCACACCGUCCCCGGAGGGACGGAAAGCCCGAGCUGAAGUGGUGGACUAUUCCCAGCAAUAUCGCAUACGCAAGAAGAGCAGCCGCAAGGGCGAGCAUGACGAGCGGACAGGAGACAAUCAGGAGUGUGGAGACAACUGGCAGGAGGACGAAGACAAACUGCCAGGACACGAAAACCUAACUGAGAAAGACGUGGAGCUCUUUAGACACAUUCAGGAACUGGCACUACAGAAAGUCGGGGUGACUGGUCCUCCGGAUCCACAAAUGCGCUGCCCAUCUGUUAUAGAGUUUGGGAAGUAUGAAAUUCAGACGUGGUACUCUUCUCCAUACCCACAGGAGUACAGCAGGUAAGCAACAGCACGUCAUAAAAAAACA